UGGGGGUUGGCGGGUGUCCUGUAGUUUUCAAGGUCUCUUCUGCCUCUGACGUCUCAUUUCAGGACUUCAAAGGACAGUCACCUCCUUUUAAAAGGAGAUGAUUGUCAGGCUUGUUUUCUGACUAGAAUCCUCCUAGCAGUCAAUCAUUUAUUUCGGCCUGCCAUAUAUAUUUACUAAAAUAGAUUUAUUUUUCUCCCAAUAUACCGUUAUGAAACUUCAAAGCUCAGUCAUGAACUUUCUUUUGGAAGCGGGAGGCAGACUGAAUGGUCAUCCAUGGAUGUUUGCUCUAUAAGAUUAUGUGUACCGACAAGUAGUGUAACAGCUUAAGUCUGUAGGCUCAGAAACCUUUUGUGGCUAAUUUGAAUUCGCUUUCACUAGUUCUAUUUACUAUUUUCCAGAAGCAUUAAAGGACAUUAAAAUUGAAGAACAGUAUUGCCAAUGAAAGUUUCUAAUGUCAAGUGAAUUAUACCUUAAUAUAUUACCACUAGUGUACUAUGGAUGGAAACUACUGAAGUUUAUAAUGUCAAAAAUAGGUCUUAGGCCAAAGGUAUCUUCCACAAAGGUAACAGGCUGGGUAGACCCCUCAUUUGAUGAUUUUUCAGAGAAUACAUCCAUCUCUACUAUUACUACUGACUCUUCAGGUGUGAAUAAUUCCAGUCAUAGAAGGAAAAAUGUGACUUCCGUAUUAGAAAGUAGCAGAUUUCCAACUAGAAAAAAAAUAAAGUUAUCUCCUUUAGAAGAGUUUCAUGGUCUAGAAAAUUCAAAUGGAUGGAUGUCUGAAAAUGAACCAUGGGUGGAUAAGUAUAAACCGGAAUCUCAGGUACUGAAUACCAAACCAAUAUGAUUUAAUUUCAGGGUGCAUAAGGAUAGAUGGGAAGGAGAGGGGUUCCAUUUUUAUGUUCUAAGGCUGAUUUUGUCAAAUUAUUCUGAAAUUAUACUAUUUUUUUUGUCUUAGAUGUAACUUCAACCUAGAACUGAUCUCUUUAUUUUACUAAGUAUAAUACCUCUUUAUGUUCCCUUCCCAAAGCAUGUUUCUGGAAUUUAAAAAAGUUUU